GUUCAUUAAAAUUAUAAUAAACUUUUAAAAAAGUUGAAAAUUAAGGAAGGUUGUAGCAGUGAUUUUGAUGACAUUAUGAUGGCACGUUCGACGCAGAAUGGUGCAGUUGGAAUUGGUCAAUCAGAAUCGCCCAGCAGAUGGCAGUCAACUUCUUUUGAUGUACAAUUUCAAGGAGGUGGCCAGAGAGAUCUUGAUGACCGAAAAUUAGUUCAAGAACAAUUCAUGUUAAUGUUGCAUAAUCAUAUUUGCCAAAACCGAGAAUUUGAGGGAGCGAAUGACGUAGAACUAUGCCCCAUUGUAGUAUCUCAUUGUGAAAAGAUGAAAACAUUGUUAGAUCAUAUGGUUUCAUGUCUAUUACAAAAAUGCCCGAUACCCCACUGCACCUCUGCAAAGCAAAUAUUAAAACAUUGGAAACAUUGUGUGCGAACUGAUUGCCCUGCUUGUUUCCCGUUAACACAAAUGAAUAGAAGCAGGAAUAAUCCUUUUCAUGAAGAAACAUCUCUACAUCUUGCCGCUAUCGAUUCAAUCUUACAAUGGGGUCAACUAUUAAUCAUAAAUGGAACGUAUGUUAACGCUAAAAACAAAUGCCAACAAACGCCAUUACACCUUGGCACUAUAAACAAUAAUUUUGAAUUCAGUAAAAUGUUAAUUGAAAAUGGGGCGGACGUUAACGAUAAGGAUAAUCGUGAGGAAACACCCUUACACAUUGCUAUCGCGAAUAACAAUCUUAAAUUUAGUCGAAUGUUGCUUGAAAAUGGCGCGGAUGUUAACGCUAAGACCUAUUUGUCAGAAACACCUUUACACUUAAUCGCUACAACUGAAAACAUUGAAAUGAUGCGGCUCAUGGUGGAAAAUGGGGCAGAUGUGAACGCCCUAAAUUACAACGAAGAAACACCCCUACAUCUUUCCUGUAAUAAUAUUAAACUCAGUCGUUUUCUAAUUGAAAAUGGAGCGGAUGUUAAUGCUAAGGAUGGAGAUGGAAAAACUCCUCUUCACCAUAUUGUCUCUGAAUACGGUCGUAAUUUCAACAACGAAUUUAUAUGCAUGAUGUUAUAUUACAAUGCGUCUGUAAAUGAAAUUGAUAAAUCAGGGGAAUUUCCGUUUAUGAUUGCUGUGAAGGACUGGAACUAUAAAAUAGCGGAUAUAUUAUUUGAUUAUGUCGAUGAAUUAAAUUAUAAAUCAGUAUUUAUUUCCACAUUGUCGACAAUUUUUGUUAAUGACCUAAUUAAUUCGGUGCCUGAGCGCGUUUUCGAAUACAUCGAUAAAAUUAAAAUAGAGGAGGCAUCAGAUGAGAUAAUAGACGAAGAUAUUAACUGCGCCGAAUUAUUAUACACAUCGAUAUACACGUGUUUUAGUCAAUCCGCUGAAAGUCUAAAAUGGGUUUGGUUACUGUUGAGUAAAGGAUUUCCAGUGACAUUAAAAGAUAUAGAAAUAUUUCAUAACGAAAAAGGAUUCUGCAAUGAAAUCGAAGCAAUUUUAUCAUCGGAAGUGCCUAUUGGUUACGAAUACGGUUGUCAACCCUUCAUAAAGACGUUAAUUUUCAAUAAAAGAAACAACGACGAAGGCAUAAUAAAUAAUCGUUACUUUAGUGAAGAUGGGUGUGUUCCUAGUUUAAAACAAAUAGCUCGAGAUUGUUACAGAAAAACUAUUUUUGUUGAACAUCAACGUGAAAACGGCGUGAAUUAUAAAGCAUUUAAUGUUAUUAUGAGGAUGAAUAUUCCUAAAGUAAUUAAAGAUAUUUUACUAUUAAGGCGACCGAUUUAUACAAUCAACGAUUCAAUUGAAUGA